AUGUACAAAGAAAUGAUUAUUAUUAGAAGAAUGGAAAUGGCUUCUGAUGCUUUAUAUAAAGCUAAAAAAAUUAGAGGUUUCUGUCAUUUAUCUGUUGGUCAAGAAGCUAUUGCUGUUGGUAUUGAAAAUGCCAUCACUAAAAAAGAUUCCGUUAUUACUUCAUAUAGAUGUCAUGGUUUCACUUAUAUGAGAGGUUCUCCAGUUAAAGAUGUCUUGGGUGAAUUAAUGGGUCGUCGUUGUGGUGUUUCUUAUGGUAAAGGUGGUUCUAUGCAUAUGUAUACCACUGGUUUCUACGGUGGUAAUGGUAUUGUUGGUGCUCAAGUUCCAUUAGGUGCUGGUUUAGCUUUUGCUCAUAAAUAUAGAAAUGAAGAUAAUUGUUCAUUUACUCUUUAUGGUGAUGGUGCUGCUAAUCAAGGUCAAGUUUUCGAAUCUUAUAACAUGGCAAAAUUAUGGAAUUUACCAUGUAUUUUCGCUUGUGAAAAUAAUAAAUAUGGUAUGGGUACUUCAGCUGCUAGAUCUUCAGCUUUAACUGAUUAUUACAAGAGAGGUCAAUAUAUUCCAGGUUUAAAAGUUAAUGGUAUGGAUGUUUUAGCUUCUUAUCAAGCUUCUAAAUUUGCUAAAGAUUGGGCAAUUUCUGGUAAUGGUCCAUUAGUUUUAGAAUAUGAAACUUAUAGAUAUGGUGGUCAUUCAAUGUCUGAUCCAGGUACUACUUAUAGAACAAGAGAAGAAAUUCAACAUAUGAGAUCAAGAAAUGAUCCAAUUGCUGGAUUAAAAGCUACUUUAUUAGAAUUAGGUAUUGCUACUGAAGAAGAAAUUAAAUCUUAUGAUAAGGCUGCUAGAUCUUAUGUUGAUGAACAAGUUGAAUUAGCUGAUGCUUCUCCAGCUCCAGAAGCUAAAAUGUCUAUUUUAUUCGAAGAUAUUUAUGUUCCAGGUUCUGAAGUUCCAACUUUAAGAGGUCGUAUCUCUGAUGAUACUUGGGAUUUCACUAAAAAUGAUUUUUUAAACAAAGUUUAUUAA